UAUGGAGGAGCUUUCAUCUUUACAAUAACGGAAGUUUUUGAUUGGUCGUUUUGCUUAAACACAUAUUUGAGAUGAACUUUGUCCACCUUAAGUUUCGAUACCAGUGGUUAGUCGUCGGAGAUUGCGACCGACUUCGGACGAUGGCUAUUCUAAGCAAGUGGAUAGUGGUCUUCUUAACACUAGGAGUGUGCGUCAGCGCAUUCAUCACCAACAAAGAUGAAUUAGAACGUGAACUUGAAGAAUUUGAUGCUGCGAUCGAAAGGGAAAUUGAGGAUGGAUUAGAAAAGAAGUACGAAGAGACAGAAACCAAUGUUGUCCGAGGUCUACAGACCCUACUAGAGUUACGUGGAAGAUGCAGAAACAAUAGAUGCAAAGCUGGUGCUGGAGGCGGCGGAGGAGGAGGUGGUGGUGGUGGUGGAGGUGGCGGCGGAGGAGGUGGUGGUGGUGGCGGCGGCGGCGGAGGAGGAGGCGGUGGUGGAGGUGGAGGCGGAGGAGGAAAUUACUGGUAGAAAAGAAAUAAAUCCAUCAAUCAAUCAAUGGAUUUAUAUAAUACAAAAAACUACUCCAUAGAAUUCUCCGAUUUUAUUAUUGCUGAAUUUCAUCAACCAUGAAGUUGCCAGUAAAUGAAUUAUUAUAUUUACCAAAACAGACUAAUAUUCUAUUCAGUUAAACAAAAGAUAAAUAGCACAACGUUUACAGAUAUACCGAAUUGCGAAUAAUGUUACUUGUAAAAAUCAACAAAAGUUAGUCGUUCCUUUAAACCAGGACAGUUUAAUGAUAAUAUACUUUGUACCGUAUUAUGUUUAAACCUUGAACAUGUCUUAUGAGGUGCACAUGUCCCAAAAACUGCAUUCUACAAGCCCAUUAGCUUGUUAUUAUUAGCAGUUGUUAUUAACUACAACCGAGUACCUAGUACCGUAGAAGUAUUAAAAUUUGUGGAAAUCUUACAAUACGUACACAAUCAUUCAAUAAAUGGUUAAGUUUAAA